AUGUUACCCCACUCCCCAUCUUUUCCUUUGCUCUGUACCGCACUGUUAUGGUUCUCCCCCUCCAUCCCUGGAACUCAGGCCCAGCCAGUCCCUGAUGAACUGGUGGCCAAGCUCCUGGGGAACCAGGCCACGUUUAGUCCUGUGGUGACAGUAGAGCCCCGCCGACGCAAGUUCCACCGCCCCAUUGGCCUGAGGAUUCCUCUGCCUCCGUCUUGGAGGGAGAGUCCGCGGGACACUGGAGAGGGUGACACCACCAGCCUCCGCCUGCUGUGCAGUGUCAUUGGUGGCACAGCUCCUGCUCAAUGGGAAGAUAUAACUGGCACCACCAAACUCAUAUACGCCAAUGAUUGUGCCAGUUUCACCACCAAUGUGUCUGCCCGUUUCUGGCUGGCAGAUUGUCCUCGGACUGCAGAGGCUGUUUCCUUUGCCAACCUUCUGUACCGCGAGCUGUCAGCUGUGCCAUAUAUGGCCAAGUUUGUGGUUUUUGCAAAGAUGAAUGAAGCCCGAGAGGGUCGACUCCGCUGUUAUUGCAUGACUGAUGACAAAAUGGACAAAACCUUGGAGCAGCAUGAGAAUUUUACUGAAGUGGCCCGUAGUAGAGACAUUGAGGUCAUGGAGGGGAUGCCGCUGUACUUGGAGUGUUCAGGAAACUUGGUUCCCAUGAGGAAAGCUGCCCAGCAGCCACGCUGUUUUAGUUUCCAAGCCUUCAGAGACAACAGACUGCCAGUGUCUGUCAAGGUGAGGGACAGCAGUAAAGACCCCUCUGGCUUAUUGUCCUUUAUGCGCAAAUCAACCAAAUACGAAGAUUGUCAACAUGUGUUGUGCAACCUCAAUGUUACUAUGCCGCCAUGCAUUAAGGUAAUGCAAAGGAUCAUAGGAACUGAUGACCGAAGGAGGACUCUGACUCCUUUAGCUCUGAGAGAAAGAUAUAGUGCUCUAAAUGAGCCAGCCAUGGCAUCACUGAGCGCCAUGGAAAGGACGGAGAUAAAGAUGGCUUUAAUAGCUGAACAGCUAGGCCUGAGCUGGGCUGAGUUGGGACGUGAACUGCAGUUUAAUGUAGAUGAAAUUAAUAAGAUUCGAGUGGAGAAUCCCAACUCCCUUUUAGAGCAGAGCUCAACACUGCUCAACCUGUGGGCCACUCAAGAAGGGAAGAGAGCCAAAAUGGUGUGUCUCUGUCCUCAUCCUUUCUGUCCAACUACCCUGUCUUCCCCUUCUCCAUUUCUCCACCAUCUGUGUGUCUCUCAUCGCUGUAGUGGACAGCCUGUAUAUAGCCCUGAAGAGCAUUGACCGAGUGGACAUUGUGAACAUGUUGGAGGGCCAGGGACCACCAACAGGUCAGCAGGAAGUUUGGGAACAAGAGGCUUCCAUGUCCAGACAUCAUGACCGAGACCAUCUAUCUCCUGGCAUCACAAAUGGUUACGGGCGGGUGGUACAGGAGGAACUAGACUCACCGGCCUCCAUGCAGUACAAUCUGCCUUCACCAUUGGGCAAUGAGCCCUAUUGGCAGGAAGUAUCAAGCAUGGAGUGUGCACCCAUCGCUACCACUGAAGAGGAC